UCUUGGCUGGCGUUCUGAUUCCUGACGUGGAUGGUGCGAUGGUAGGUGGCAUCUAUGAGGUGGUGAGGCUGGUGGGUGGCCUGGAGGGCAGCCACUUCACCACCGCCACCACCUCCACCACACCCAGGACUGUCACCACCGCCCUCGCCACCAGUGGUGGGGACAUCAUACUCUUCAGUUACCGCGACGGCACCUCCACCACACACCGCAUUCCCUGGGUUACUGGGGAGAGUCGACGGCCAGCUGCCCUUGCUUUCAGUCCCACUGCAGAGUGGCUACUUGUGGCCAGUGAGGAUGGCACGCUGUUUGUUGUGCCAAUCAAGGGCCACCUGGACCCCUCUGGCACUCGGGACCAGCGCUUCAAGACGGACGAUGUGCUGGUGUUGCCCCCUAAUGGUAGCCGAGCACGCCCUUCCUCCCUGGUGUGGUGGCAGACAAUGGUGGGGGAUGCGUCGCUGGCCAUCAUAGGCACGGAGCUGGGGGAGCUGUCCUUCAUUGAGCUAAGCAGUGGCAAGGAGGUGGGUGGGACCUACAUCACCGUGCCUGUCAGGGAGCUGCACCUUUGUCAUGACAGCUCCCACGACACUGUAUACCUGCUGAUCACAGGGACAGAGGACAGGCAGUGGCGGCUGGUCCUUGAGCAGCGCACCAACCAGUACCUGUUUCCCCUGGAGCACAUCACCCCUGAGUGGCCAGAUGAGGAGAGUCCGGGUGGCUCCCUCCACCGGUCUGGGCCACCACCUCGCUCACGUCUUUUGGGUCUCAAACAGCUGUCGGUGGAGAAGUUGCAGAUGCUGAGGCAGAGGCUGGCUGAGGCAAAGACUGGAUCCAGACGCAAACCCCUCACAGAGAAUAAGGGAGUGGACACCUGUGACAUUGAUGAACUCUCUGCCACCACCACCCCAGAACAGGGCAUGACCACCUCCACCACCUCCAUAGCCUCAGCGGGAGAGGGCGAGGCGCUACCCCCUGUGGCCACCCGCCCUGAGAGGCUGUACAAGUUCAUCCACGAUGUUGUAGCCACACCCCAGUAUGCUAAGGAAAGGCAUCUACUUGUGGGGAACUGCAAGAUCAACACCACUCUUAUGGUGUACAGCACAGACCUGGAGCAGACGCCCCUCUAUGUCUUCAAGGUGGUGCCCGACGUGGACAAAGUGGUGCUGCAGGAUGAGGUCAUCUUCCUCACCAGCACUCAGGCACCAAAGAGGCUCACCAUGGUGUCCACCUUCUUCUCCUCCUCCUCCAAGAUUGACGGAUCCAUUGACACCAAGGUGAACCCUGUCAUACAAGAAAUUGAGAUGCCUGAGGAUGAAGAGAUCCUCUCCCUUCACUCAAGUCCUCCACUGGUGGGUCCUGAGGAGGAGAACGGGUACUCGGGUCAGUGCUCCCCCAUGGGCAGACCAGGGCGGGUCAGGGAGGAAGAGGAGGACGACGAUGAGGAGGAGGAGGUUGAGCUUCCCUCACACACUUGGCCUCAUGGAUGUCUUAUAGUCACCUCUCAUGCUCUCUAUGUCUGCCAGCCAAGGAUGAGUGUGGAGUCCCUCUUCAUGAACCUGGUGCUCAAGGUUGGGGACAUUGACAGUGCUAACAAACUUGGCGCCAUCUUCUCCCUCGACCCAAAGCUUUUUGAACUGGCUGCUGACGUCAAGCUCAGGUCACGCAACUUCAGUGCAGCAAUUGCUCUCUAUAAACACUCUAGGUGCCCCCACGUGAAGUGCUCCAUCAAGUUUGCAGCACAGGGCCUGGUGACAGAGUUCCUUACCUACAUGGGCACCCUGACCAGUGGGGUGAGUGGCCCUGAUCUUGGUGCUGAGGAGCGGCGCAACCUUGCCAACCUGGCCAUUGUGUGUCACCUGCACCACUUGUGUCUGCCAGGUUCCCACAAGCCUCCCCCGCAGCAGCAGGCCCUCAGGAACCUGCUGCUGUUCCUGCGGGACAACCAGUACUAUGAUGAAGUGCUGGCUCUCAGCCUGGCCGCUGGAGCCUGGCGCUGGGAGACUCUCCAGUACCUGGCUGCCUCCAGGGGACUCUAUUUAGAGAAGCUGAGGCUGCUGCUGUCCUCACAAUCUUCACCAGUGCUAGACACGCUGAGCUCAGAGCAGCUGGCUGGGCCGGGACGGGGCGAGGGCCUGCUGUCAGUAGCCAGGGAGAGAGAGGCUGGCUACCUCCACUGUGUGUCAGACCCCGAGCUGCGGCAGGUGCUGCUGGUGCGGCCGUCGCUGGCCCGCACCCACAUUGCCCUGGUGCUGAGCUUGCUAGGGGCUGUUGAGCUGUCAGUGCUGCGGCGCCUGGCCGACCUGUACAACCCCACACAUCCUGCCAUCAGACCCUUCCUGCAGGCCACCAAUGGUAGGAAGCAGGCCUUUCCCCCUCUGUCCUCAGUGGUGCAGAGCUCCUGUCUCCUGCCGGGGGGUGCUGAGGAGUUGGUGUCCCUGGAGACCUUCAUUGAGGUGUUCCUGGCCAUCAUCAUUCAGCUCAACCUGAGUAGGGGGUGGUGUUACAGGCCAGCCCUCCUCACCUACAAACUGGAGCUUCCCAAAGAGAAAGUGCCGGUGCCACUGGACAAGGUGCGGGGGCAGGUGCUGAGCUGCGGCUACGGGCACACUGCAGUCAUCAUUGGGGGCGCUCUUUACACCUGGGGGCUGUCUGACUAUGGGGUGCUGGGACACGGGCCACGCUCCAGCACCUCCCCAAAGCUGCUGAAUGGCAUGGGGAUCACACUGCCAGAGGACCAGGAGCCACUCCUGACAGGCCCCCUGGCAGGCGGCCCAGCCCUGGCACCUCUCAUCAAUGGCCGGGUGCUGCCCUCCGUGGUGUCGGACGGGACGGAGCCCAAGCUGGUGUCCUACCUGAGUCAGACCAGGGUGCUGAGCGUUGCAUGCGGCAAGAACCACAUGCUGGCCAUCACUGAUAAUGGGGUGUACGGUUGGGGCAGCAACAAGUACGGCCAGGUGGGUGUUGGGGGAACAGGCAGGUGUCCGCGGCCCACCCUGGUGUCGGCCUUAGAGGGGAAAGGCAUCAUGUCCAUUGCCUGUGGACAGUUCCACUCGCUGUGUGUGAGCGAAGAUGGCACGCUGUACUCAUGGGGCUGGGGUGUGCAUGGCCAGCUGGGCAACAACGGUGUGGAAGACGUGCACCACCCUUCCCCGGUCACACUCCUUGCCAAGAAGCAUAUCGUACAAGCAGAUGGUGGAUACGCACACAGUGUUGCCAUGUCCCAGGAUGGCAAUGUGUAUGCCUGGGGCUGUGGCACGUAUGGCCAGAUUGGCAAUGGUGGCAUAGUGAAAGUGUGCCGGCCGGUGAGGGUGCACCUGCCCGGCCCCGCCACACACCUCACUGCAGGAUACUUCCAGAACAUUGCAGUGACUCGCAGCCACAAGGUGUACAUGUGGGGCAACAACCCUGCAUGUCUCCGGGUGCAGGCACAGCUGCAGCGCCGUGCCCGGUCCUGCCAGCAGGCAGCAGAGGCUGGCCGGCGAGCCAGUGGUGGCAGCGAUGUGCGGCCAGGCAGGGAGGGGGUGGGAGGUGAGCGGGAGGCGGCAAGUGAAGGGAGCACGUCCUCUGGGUCGCCAGGGGAGAGUGCAACUGUGGACAUCAAUGGUGCUAGUGAUAGCUUUGAGUCAGGGGAAGAGGCCACAGCCUCCCCAAGUCCCCCGACCAACCCAAGUACAACUCUAGAUGAUAGUGAGGACACAAUCACCACACUCCCAGAGGAGGAGCAGCAGAAGGACAGGGAGGGUGACAGUGCCAAGUCUUUUGUGAUUUCCCCUGACCCUUCCCCAGAGAAGUUAGCAGGGCAUGUUGGAGAGGUGAGAGGUGAGGGUGAGGCCCCAGGCACCCCCAGUGAGGCCUCAGAGACAGCGAGCAGCUGCACUUCCCCUCAGGAUUCCCCAGGGGAUGGUGGAGAUGCCACCGUUGUCAACAGUCCUAUCACAAAUGGAAACAUGAGCGGCAUGCCCCGGACAGUGAGUGCCAACACAGUGCCAUCAUGCGACCCCACCGACCUGGGCCACCUCUUGCCGCAGGAGGUGGAGAUGCCGCAUGGCUUUGGUGCCGUGCGAGCCGUGGCCUGUGGAAGUCAGCAUUGCCUCCUGCUGACUACCCAUGGUGCACUGUACUCUUGGGGCAGAAACAUGUCAGGACAGCUGGGCACUGGCAACAGGAGGGAGGUGACCAGCCCAGUGCGCAUCAUGGAUGACGCGUACAUCACAGACGUGGCAUGUGGGGCAGACUUCACCCUGGCCUUGGAGUCUCAGGGUCAGCUGUGGGCAUGGGGCUCCAACUUCUACUCCCAGCUUGGCAAGAGUGGUGCUGUGGAUGACGACAAGGGCCAGGCGGGGCGAGUGUUCAUGCUGCGCACCACCAAGAGGGUCCUCAAGGUGCCUCACAGUGUCCACUCCAACUGUGAGACUCCAAGACCCGUCACCGGCCUGCCCCCCAACCCUGGCCCUCCCCCGCCCCACUAUGGCAUCUCCUCCACCACCCAGGAGAAGCUGAGGGACGGCAGCCACUGGUGGUUAGGUCGGCUGCCCAUGGAGAGUGUGGAGGAGCUUGAGGAAGACAAGAAGCCCCAAACAGAUGAGCAGGACGAUGGGCUGUAUGGCAUCCGUACCCUGCACUCCGCCCUCACCUUCUUCCACGGCUGCUACAACUCCAAGAACGUCACUACCAUGCUACAAGAUGCAGAGGCCCACCAGGCACUGGCCACCCUGUACACCUUAGAGCGCCAGUACAGCCAGGCCAUGCACCACCACCUCUGUGCACUCUUCAAGCAAGGCAAAGACCUCUACAGACCCACCACCACCACCACCACCACCACCACCACUGCUACUACUGCCAGUCAGGGAGAGGACAGCACCAACACAGAGGGAACCAUGGAGAGGCAGAGGAAAGAGAGCGAGUCUUCUAGUCAAGAGCGGGACAAGAGUUCUGCUGAUUACCCCUCCAAGAUGUUAGUGCUGGUGGACGAGGCGGUGAGGAUCAUUGACUACUACCUGAGGUUACAGACAGAGGAGUCACAGACGGGCAUGAGGCAUGUGCUCCAAGAGGGUAUUUCUCUCUGGCUGUCGCACGCCCUCCCCCUCGGCCAGCUGGAAGAACUAUUACUCACGCACCUUCCCCGCACUGUCUACCCCCUCGCACUCCUGCUCUUUGGUGAUGGAGCAAGUGGAGAGGUGGAGGAGGGGCAGGAGAAAACAGCUGCAGAAGCAGGAGGUAGUGACCCAGCUGUGCAAGUGUUAGGUCAACUGUCCACCAAGUUUUGCCUCAACCUGUGUACUUCUGUUAUCAGUCACCUGCAGGCUGGUGGUGGAGGCAGUGAGUAUGUGGAUGCCCUGGCCCGCAUCAGUGGUGUGCAGCCAGGGUCUGAGGGCAGCCAGGACGGACGGACUGCCUCCUUUGAUGAGACAAGCAAGCUAGACCAGGCCCUGGAUGCCCUGAGUAAGAAGGCCACCAACACCAUCAACCUGAAGCAGGAAGAUGUGGCCAACCUUCAGAAGAGUGAGGCAGCACACAGCAGGAAGAGAACAGACUCUCGGGGGUCCAUCUCAGGGUCUCACAAACUGAAGAGCGGUGCUAAGGGGAGCAAGGAGCAAGAUAAGGACUGUGUGCUGUUCACCUGUGGUCAUCACUUCACACGCAAGGAGUUUCUGUCUCAGGUGCUGCCCCAGAUGGAGACCUCCGUGAUGACAGUGCCAGGUCUGCUGGGUAAUACAGCACGGGUCUUGCUGGACCAGUACCACAGCGAUCAGCCUGAGAUGGCCUGCCCUCACUGUGUCCUGGCUCACCUCACCAUCAAGCUCACCAAACACAAGCAGGCACAGUAAUCCUCAACAACAGUUGGAGGAGGAUUAGCAGGAAGUUUUUUUUCAUUCGAGUUCUAAACAUGAUGAAUUUAUACUUACCUCACCCUUGACCUUGCUGGUGUGUGUGUGUGUAUAUUUGUGUGUGUGUGUGUGUGUGUGUGUGUGUGUGUGUGUGUGUGUGUGUGUAUAUGUGUUGAUUUAGAAGAAUUAACAUUUUAUUAUUUUUUAUUCUGGUGUUUUAGUAUGUGUGUUUGUAUGUGUGUGUGAAUGGAAGUAUAUGUUGUCCUGAUUUAGAACAGGCUUUUUUUUUUCUGUGUGUGUGUGUGUGUGUGUGUGUGUGUGUGUGUGUGUGUGUGUGUGUGUGUGUGUUAAGUUUGAUUCAAAAGAAUAAGGAUUUUUUUACUAUUCUUUAUUCAUACCAGUGACAAAGGCAAGUGGUAGCUGCUGUGCCUGCUUACUUAUUGCUAGCCUGGUUUUGGUAAUAUGUCACACUCGCCCAGCAGGCAGUGAGUGGCGUGGUGACAAAAGGUUUGUUUUUGCCCAAGCACAAUUUAUCAAGUCAGCCAACCAACGCAUCUCGGCCCGUAUUUUGAAACGUUUCAUUUUCUUCUCAAGACUUUUCAAAGGCCACAGAGAUAAUUAGUCAGGGUCUCAUGGGUGUUUUUGCCAGUUAUGGUGUAGAAUUCUAGUUAGACUCACUAGAAUCAUGGAAACACCUUUGAAGACCCCCAAUAACUUCCAUUAAGACCUGUUGAAAGUUGUUGAGAUCAGACACGAAACAUUUAAGAAAUGCGGUCCUUUAUCCCAUAGUCAUUACCUAAUUUUUUACAGUCCCAAAGAUGUUUCUGGAGUAGUCACAAAUGAUAUUAAGGUUUUAUGCUGUGGUGUAACAGUUGAUAAACCUAACAGAGUGAUAGACAAGGAAGAGGAGUGCAGUUAUGUGAUAUCUACAGUUUUCAACAAUUGAUAGAAGAAUAAGCGAUACUUGUUGUGUAGUUAUACAGUAUAAUAAUAUAAUAACAUAGACGUGUAUAUCUUUGUUACUCUUUACAUCAUCAGGGUAUAAGAAGAUCUGUGUGUAUUAUGAUCUGUCACAAAUGUGUACUAACUUAGGAUCACAAGACAAGGCUCUUCUUCCACUCCCUCUCACUAAGGAAGAUGACAGAGAAGGUACACAGUUAGGAGGGAAGUUAGGAAGCAGCAGCAGCAUCAGAACAAGAAUAUGCAUUAUUAUACCUGUGUGUCUGCCAGAUAGAAGGUAACUAAAGCAGAGCAGAACUACUUAUUAAUAGGAAUGAGCCUCCAAUAUGUGUGUGUGUGUGUGUGUGUGUGUGUGUGUGUGUGUGUGUGUGUGUGUGUGUGUGUGUGUGUGUGUGUGUGUGUGUGUUUGCCAGGAAGAAAACCUUGGCUAAUAGAAACAGUAAGAGAAAUCCACAUUAACAGAGAAUUGAGCCACCAACACCUUUACUUAUCAGAAAGAAAACUUGCAUUGACUGAAGCAGAGAAAGGAGAGCUGUGCAGCACUUUGUGGGCAAGGACUUGUUUCAUGUUGCAGUGUGUGGUGGUGAAGGGUGAGAGUAGUGAUAAGCAUAAAGAAAAAUGCAAGAUAACUUAAGUAGAGUCAUGUAGAACUGUUUUGUUAAAAGAGGACCUGCUGAUUUGUUUUGUUCAGGGAGAUGUCUGGCAAAGGCUGUUUUGAUAUAUAGCUGUCUGGUAGUGGAGAAUGAAUGUAGGAGUGAUGAUAAGAACUAUUUGUAAUGGGUAUGAAGAAAUGGAAUGUGCAGAAACUAUGGAAAACCCAGCAUGUCAUUUGUUGUGGAAAGGAAAGGAAUAGUUUACUGUGUACAUUACUGUGUGCAUUGGUGAAGGAGGAGUGUGGUAGUGAUGCUAUGACUGUAGAGACUUAGGAGGUGCAGGCAAUAUGGAAAACCUUGUUGUAUCAUUUGAAUGCUGAGAACCUCCACCUAACUUAAUUAACAAUGCAUCAAACAAUUUCAUUAAGUUUGGUGAAAAGUUGCAACAGUCAGAGGAUUGAGCUGGAGUUUACAUAGGCUAAGCCAACAUAUCUAUAUGCAUUAUUAGCCUGUGGCAAAUGUGCAUUCAUGCUUGCUGCAGUAACACAUUGAUACACAUCAUCAAGCAGUGAGGAUGAUAAUGUGAUGCUUUUAAAUGGUUCUCCCUUGUGUAUUAUUAUGUACAGUACCAGGGAGGAAGACAAGACAUUGGUUCCUGGUAGGAGAGGAAAGAACAAUUUUGUUCUCCAGAUCAUUUGUUGUACAAUUUUUCUGACUGGGGAAGAAUCACUUAGCUUUUUCAAAGAUAGGUGUACAUUUUUUGAAAAGCAAAUUGAAGUGUUUAAAAAGAGAGGAAGGCAUGCAGCAGGAGGAGUUUGUUAGGUUCUCCAUAUAAUGUGUUCAUACAACUCACUGACAGGGAACAAAUCACUCACAUUCACAGCAUUUCAGAGAUCAACACACAUUGUCAGAAAGCAAAUCUUAGUGUCAACAAGAAAAGCAAGGCAUUUCAGCAAAAGAGGAAGGAAUUUAUUAGGUUCUCAAGAUGAUGUGUUUGUACACACAUUCACUGACAGGGAAGGAAUCACUCACAACCAAAAGUUACACAUCUCCAGAAGGCAAACUCCUGCUAUAAAAAAGGCAUAUCAGUGCACUGAACUAGGCAGUCAGCACCCUGAUUUCCUUGUGUGUGACAGGGGGAGUGUUUUAUAUCAUAGUGAAGAACAGAAGUCAGUCGUAGCUGCUGGCUUUAUCCUUAGAUGCUCAAUUCCUGCACUGUAUUAUAUUAUUGUGACCCUUACCUGCUUCCCACUCCCUUGUGAGAGGACGUGGUGAGCGCUGAGAUGAAGGACUCUGGGGAGACGGAAUGUGGCAGAGAAGACACAGUGAAUUAGAGAGGCAUUGACAUUUUUUCUCAGGACAUCAGGUGUGGGCUUCCUUUUCCACAUAGACAGAAAGGCAGACAUGUUCCACCACCCAUACUGACUAGCUGACCACAGAUUUGUAGAUUUGUGAGGUGUCUUGAGGAGGAAGAAUGCUUAUUUGUACUGAACACUUGUCUGACUCAUUGCAAACUUCCUGCCACAGAUGAAAAAUGAAAGAAAAUUUAAUGUAUGCUUAAUAGAGCCUGUUAGUGUUUAUGUAUCAGAUGAUCUGUUAGAGCAAAAACUCAUAGUCAAACUUGGUGGGAACACAGACCAGUGAGUCCACUGGCAUGACAAGAUAGGGUGAAACAGGAAUCAUCAUCAUGACCGUCUUGUUCAACAUCCUCAUUUUUCCAUACAGGGUUGGACAGCUUACACAUCUUUCUCACUUUUUGCAGGCAUAUACAGUCUCUCUUCAGAUGUUCAUUCUUAUAGCUUCCUCUACACAGUCUCCAGAUCUUCACUUUAGUCUCCUUCCAGCUGCCUCCAUCUCUGACACUCUUCUGGGUGUAUGAAACGAAUAUUUUUUCGUAUCAGUUGGAUGCCUUUCUUAGAGCUUGAUACAAGGCUUCUUCAAAUAGUCUUCAAUUGCAACUGUCCAACAUAGACUUGUAUUCUUUCUGCUGAUGUCAUCUCACUGAAAUGUUAAAACAGAAUAUAGGAGUCCUGAUUCAUUCUGUGUCCACUUAUCACCACUGCCACUCUUUCUUAAUUGUGUGUAAUGAGUAACCUGCUUCUCUCUAUUCCAUUUGUUCUUCAUUAGUCUUAUGGCCUCUGAUCUGCUGACACCUACAAAACCUGAUGAUCAAUUCUCAACAGGUCAGAGGAUGUGAGAUUGAGGGAGAAUGUGAACCAGACACAGUGGACAUGAGUGUGGUGUUACUCAAUUUAUGAUCAUGUCUGUUCCACACCAUCAGUACUAACAGUGCAGAAGAAAACAUCACUCUCUGUCUCCCCAGUGUCCCUCAGCACACUUAAAACACCAUGACAUUUAUUCAAAAAACAUGGACUGAGGCCUUUAUUGUAACAUAUUUCUGUUCUUGAUGUGCAUUUCUGAAUAAUUUUAAUGAAUUCCCUUGAAAUUCACAAAUACAUUCAAUUUGGAGCAGAACUGAAUGAUGGUUUUGUCUGCUGCUCAAAUUGAAUGGAAUUUAUAUGAUAUAGUGUGUGUGUGUGUGUGUGUGUGUGUGUGUGUGUGUGUGAGUAAAAAGAGGAAGAGCAAGGAGGUCUGAGCAUUGAUAUUGGAGAAGAAUGCAAAAAAAAUUGUCUUAAGACACAAGAGGAAGAAGGGAGUUUGAGAGAGAAAAGCAAGGAGUUACGUGUUUUUGUGUGGGUAUGUGGGUGUGUGUGUGUAGCUUCUGUGUAAAUUCAUUUGUAACUAAUUCCACCCACCAAGAUUUCUCCAUAAAGUUUUCAGCCAAAAUAAUUCUCUCCAUGACUAAUUCUUCAAACCUGACCUUACCUGAUAUGGUGUUACUUGGCCUAACCUAACCUAAUUUUUCAUAAGGGCAGUAAUUUUGGAGGGAAUAUUACACGUGUAAUAUUAAUUUUUAACUUUUAUUAUUAGUCCAUGAAAAUUUUCACCAAAAAGAUAAUCCUGUUUAUGAUAAAUUUUCCCAAUCUAACCCAUCCCAACUUAACGAGAUCUCAUAACAUUACGGAGCUUAAUCUAAAAUAACUUUGUAUUUUAAUCUAUCCUAACUUAACCAAACCAAACCUAACAGAACAAAACCAAACCAAAACCAAACCAAACGAAAUCAAACAUAACCUAAUCCAACCCAACUUAACUUCAGGUGACCCAACAAAGUGCAGUCUAAUUAAUUAUGGAGUUAAUUAUUCUUGGCAGAAAUCUUGAAGGUAGAAUGUUUGUGGAGGAAAGUUACUGUGAAAAUUUUUCAAUAUGCAGUGUAUGUUGUAACAAAGGUAGAGUCAACACAAGAUGAGAAGCAAACACAAGCACGUUUCCUCAGAGGAUCGGAACAAUUCUUUUUAGCAUUUUGAACAUUUACUCAUGAGUUGGUCGUCAUUCUUAAGGUGUUGGGAGGGUAUCCUCAGGAUCAGUUGAGGCUUUCCAGUUAUUUCCUUUAUAAGUCUUUUAAAUUUUUUGGGGGGAAAAUUUUCAUUACCUAUCCUGAAUCAAUAAGUCCUAAGCUCUCUCUCUCUCUCUCUCUCUCUCUCUCUCUCUCUCUCUCUCUCUCUCUCUCUCUCUCUCUCUCUCUCUCUCUCUCUCUCUCUCUCUCUCUCUCUCUCUCUCUCUCUCUCUCUCUCUCUCUCUCUCUCUCUCUCUCUCUCUCUCUCUCUCUCUCUCUCUCUCUCUCAGAUAACUAAGGUGCUUCUUAUACUACUAUUACAUUAAUUUUUUGCAUGAGCAACUGUUUAAUUUUUCUUGUAUAUAUGAAUGAACUUGUGAAUGCCAACCUGUAUAUUGUGUAUGCGAUUGUGUGUGUGUGUGCGUGUGUGCGCUCAAAAUUUGUAUAAUGUGGCAUAGACAUAAAAGAAGGAAGAUAAAUAGAGUGCCUGUGAUGAAAUUCGUAUGUUCUGGCACAGACAGGCCAGAGAAAAAUCCCUUCAUAGGUUCAUAGGUGAUUUUCUCUCUCUCUCUCUCUCUCUCUCUCUCUCUCUCUCUCUCUCUCUCUCUCUCUCUCUCUCUCUCUCUCUCUCUCUCUCUCUCUCUCUCUCUCUCUCUCUCUCU